GGCAGACCUCGCCCAAAAGCUAAUGCCACCGCCAACGUUUUUUACUUACAAAAAUAAGCCAGGAUAUGUGAGUGAUGAUAGUGAUGUCCCACAGAUGAGCCCCAUCCUUUUGGAUUACUACAAGCAACCUGACUGACAUAUUGUAACCAACAUGGAGACACAGAAACGAGGAAUUCCAGCUUCAAUUCCUGAGAAUGAAGAGCUCAUAGAGGUGCAGAUGAAAGGGGUCCAUGACAGGCAAAAUGGUGGAGAAGCUGAAGUGCCUCUCUCCAAAUCUCAGAGGAGACAUAGUGAUGUGAAAGUCUACAAGGAGUUUUGCGACUUCUAUGCGCGCUUUAAUAUGGAAAACGCCCUUGCGAAUGCUAUUUGUGAGCUUUGCAAAGCCGGCUUCACUCCUGCGGAGAAAAUUGUAAACAGUAACGGGGAGUUGUAUCACGAACAGUGCUUCGUGUGUGCACAGUGUUUCCAGCAAUUUUCUGAAGGGUUAUAUUAUGAGUUUGAUGACAGAAAAUACUGCGAGCAUGAUUUCCACAUGCUCUUUGCUCCUUGUUGUCAUCAGUGUGGGGAAUUCAUCACUGGUCGUGUCAUUAAGGCCAUGAACAAUAGCUGGCAUCCAGAGUGUUUUUGCUGUGAUAUCUGCCACACUGUGCUUGCUGAUGUUGGUUUUGCAAAGAAUGCAGGCAGACACUUAUGUCGUCCAUGCCACAUCCGUGAGAGAGCUUGUGGCCUUGGCAAGUAUGUUUGCCAGAAGUGUCAUACCAUCAUUGAUGAACAGCCACUCAUCUUCAAGAAUGAUCCAUACCACCCUGAUCACUUCAACUGCACCAACUGUGGUAAGGAACUCACUGCUGAUGCCAGGGAGCUAAAGAACGAGCUGUAUUGCUUGCCAUGCCAUGACAAGAUGGGUGUGGCAAUCUGUGGGGCAUGCCGAAGGCCGAUAGAGGGCAGAGUGGUGAAUGCAUUGGGCAAGCAAUGGCACGUUGAGCAUUUUGUGUGUGCCAAGUGUGAAAAACCUUUCUUUGGCCAUCAACAUUAUGAACGCAAAGGCCUGGCUUAUUGCGAGACCCACUACAAUCUGCUCUUUGGAGGUGUCUGUCACCACUGCAAUCGUGUCAUUGAAGGAGAAGUCAUUUCAGCACUGAAUAAAGCCUGGUGCAUCAACUGCUUUUCCUGUUCCACUUGCAGUUCAAAACUGACCCUGAAGGAUAAGUUUGUGGAGCUUGAUCUGAAGCCUGUAUGCAAACAGUGCUAUGAAAGAAUGCCAACACAGCUGAGGUACCGUCUAGCUAAGCGUGAACACAACUCCAAGGACAGAAGAAAGAAGAUUGGUAUCUGUCUGUAAAGUUCUCCGUUUAAAUGACAGAGUGCGGUCCUCAUAUGGAAGUAUCCCAAUUGGGGAUAUUUUUGCAAUCGCAAGACCUUCAGAUUUUCCCUCUGGUCUAUCUUGUCUCUGUGUAUUCAUUGAAAUAUAGAUGAAAUGUUCAGUUGCAUGAAUAAGUGGGAGUGUUUUUAGUGAUUUGCUCUAACCUUUGACAUUUGUUUCUUUACCUCAUGCACCAAUAAUAAUGAUACAUAUCAAGGCUAAUCACUGUGACAUUUAUUGAAUAUAUGCAUACAGUGGAUAUCAAAUGUGUACACAACCCCAUGUAAAAGUUGUAGGAUUUUGUGAUGUAGAAAAUGAAACCAAGAAAAAUCAGCCACAUCUUUUUCCACAUUUAAUUAUGACAACAAACAGCACUGAAGUCAACAAAUAGAAAUGAUUUAGGGGGAAAAAGAGAAAGAAAAAACCGACAGUAACCUGGUUACACAAGUUUACAAGUUUUAACAAGAGUUAACUUGGGGUGUGUAGACAUGUUUGUAUCCACUGUGACAGAAGUUCCUAAAGUGGGGUCCCCCAGGGGUCCAAUGAAGCAGAGCUGGCAGCAGAAUUUUUUUAAAUUUAGUUAAAGUGAUGGAAAACACAAACUACCAUUUCAAAGUAAUUUUAAUUUAUGGAGUUUUAUCCAAACCUCGGUUGCUCAAAAGCAAGUAGGCCUACAAACACAAAUGUGUUGUGUUAGUGAAAAUUUCAGAAAUAAAUAAUCAGAAUAUUACUUUGCAUAUUCAAAUAAUGAGCUGAACAUUUGGGGAGUUGGAUUAUGUUCAUAAAAUAAUGUGUACUUUGUGAGGGGAUCUGUAGAAUUUAUUUCAUAAAGUCAUCUCUGUGUACAAAAAGAUUGAAAACUUCUGCCUUAUGACACUAUUGGCCACAUGCAUUAAAAAUGAAAAAAACAUUGUGAUACAACCAUCUUGUUUUAACUCUGUUCUCCAUAUCUCCUGACACCAAACACAGAUAUUUAUGCACUGCCUAAAAGCAGAACUCCUGACGAGUGUAUGAGCAAAAUAUUUGUGAGGGCACAAAACCAACUUGAAUAGAAUAACAGGAGCACACAGCUGGCAGCACGGUGGUGUAGUGGUUAGCGCUGUCGCCUCACAGCAAGAAGGUCCGGGUUUGAGCCCUGUGGCUGGCGAGGGCCUUUCUGUGCGGAGUUUGCAUGUUCUCCCCGUGUCCGCGUGGGUUUCCUCCGGGUGCUCCGGUUUCCCCCCACAGUCCAAAGACAUGCAGGUUAGGUUAACUGGUGACUCUAAAUUGACCGUAGGUGUGAAUGUGAGUGUGAAUGGUUGUCUGUGUCUAUGUGUCAGUCCUGUGAUGACCUGGCGACUUGUCCAGGGUGUACCCCGCCUUUCGCCCGUAGUCAGCUGGGAUAGGCUCCAGCUUGCCUGGGACCCUGUAGAACAGGGGUGUCAAACAUACGGCCCGCGGGCCCGCUAGAUGGUUUAAUCUGCCCCAGACUUGUAGAGAAAAAAUUUCUAAGGAUGUCAAAAAAAAAAAGAAAAUCUCUAGCCCAUUCCUGUGAUGACUUAUGAAUUUUUAAAGAAAUAACCGAAAUGCUCAAUUCAGCCGCUAGGGGCAGCCAAAAAAAAGAAGCACUGACAUAACAAGAGAUUAGGAAAUAAACAGCACAUUGCCCAGAUAUGCUGUCUGAUUCCAUGAAUGGCAGUCUUGCCUCACCACUAUUAAGUUGCUAUCAAAAUUAUCAAGAGUGAUACCCCCAUUACCAAAAUGUCUUUGUCAAAAAGAAGAAAAGUUGACGUAGAGUGCAGAGUUUUCCAGGAAAAAUGGACUGAGUAUUAUUUAUUCACAGAGGUGAAUACAAAACCAGUGUGCUUGGUAUGUAAUCAACAGGUUUCAGUGCUCAAAGAAUAUAAUAUUCAGCGCCUCUAUGAGACUCAUCAUAAAGAAAAAUUUCACAAUUUGUAUGGACAAUUAAGAAAAGAGAAUAUAAAUGAAUUGUUAGCUGGUCUGAAGAAACAGCAGUCUGCAUUUACUCGCAGCCGUGAGGUCAGUGAUGGAGCAGUGAAAGCUCGCUACCUUAUUGCAAACGAGUUGGUGCAAGCAUCCAAGCCAUUUUCUGAUGGUGAACUUGUGAAAAAAUGCAUGCUGAAGGCUGCAGAAGUUGUGUGCCCUGAAAAGCAAUCCGCCUUUGCCAACAUUAGUGUGGGGAGUUGGUUCAGGUUGUCAGAUGUAAAAAUGCAUUCACUCAACUGUAUAAAAAUAAACCAGUUGUUUGAGAGUGAAAUGCAUUUUAUUUCAAAUCCAUUGGCCUCUCUGUGAAUAAAUGUGUAAUAAUCUAGAUCCCUUAUGAUCAGUGAUUAUGUAGGCUACAAAUGUAGGCUGAAGCAUAAAGCAUAGCCUACUGAAAAAACAAUGCUAAAGAUUUGGAGUUGACAAAGGUUAUUUUGCAGUUAUUUUACUGGUCUGGCCCACUUGAGAUCAGAUGGGCUGUAUGUGGCCCCUGAACCAAAAUGAGUUUGACACCCCUGCUGUAGAAGGAUAAAGCGGCUAGAGAUGAUGAGAUGAGAUGACAUGAGAUGAGAUGAGAUGAGAUGAGAUGAGAUGAGCACACAGCUGCUACAACAUGUGCAGUGCCAUUCGGACUAAUUACUGUGCACCUGUUCCUGAUUAAACUGUAAUCACAGCGCAUACAUGUAAGGACUCUCAGUAACACAGAUUUUGUGAAGUGUACGGUCUGUACCCUGUGUCUGAUGUUACCAAGCCUUGCAUUUUGUAUCGUUUUUCUGGUUUUGACCCUGUUUCUGUUUUUGGACUGUGAGUAUUGUAUUACCUCUGAUAUCUUUUCUGUGCCUCACUCGACCACUACCUGUUUUUUGACUCUGCCUUUGUCUAUGUUUUGGACCUUUUGCUGGCACACUUUCAAUAAAACUCUUCCUGCACUUACAUCCAUCUACCCUUACAUGACAGAAACUGUCCACUGUCCAAACAAGCUAGUGAACUAAUA